AAAAAUAUUCAUGUCCAAACGGUAAGCAAAAGGACAAACAUAUUGGUGUUGGUAACAGAAAGAAAGAAGAGAGGGGAGAGCAUACAGAGAGCGGGCGAUAUUACCAUUGACAGAAAAAGGAGUUUUAUAGGGAAAAAGCAAAGAGGGAGAUGAGAGGGGUCUCUUCAUUUCCCUUUCUUCUUGUCUUCCUUUCCUUUUCUCAUCUAUUCAUCACAGGCUUUUCAGAUGGUUCUUCUAAUCCCAAAAAUGGAACAAAAGUUGAUACUCAUGUUGCAUCCAGCAGUAAAACUGGGUCAACGAUACUCAUUGUAUGCCUUGCCCUUGUGGCGGUAGCGCUUCUAUCAUUUUUCCUUUUCAAGUUUUGGCAAAAGAAGAAGCGUGAAGAGCAGUAUGCUCGUCUGCUAAAGUUGUUCGAAGAAGAUGAUGAGCUUGAGCUUGAGCUGGGUCUUCGGGAUUAAAUUUUGUAUCAGAUGUUAAGAAUGAACGUGCUGAGAUUCAAGUAGUAUCUUAAAUGCACUUCUUGAUUCAGUGAUGACCAUGGCGGCAUAAUCAAGCGAAAUCUUCAUUUCACAAUUGUAGAAAUAUGUAUCAGUAUUAGCAGAAUCAAAAUUAUCAUACAUUCUGUUU